AGGCGGCUGCUCCACGUCCAGGUGCCGCUCCUCGGGUGGAGGAGGGGGCCCCGACCCGGCGCGGAAGGCGGAAGCGCCUCUGCCAUUGGCCCAGCGGCGCCCUUUACCUGCGCGGAGCCCGGGGGCCGGGGCGCAAAGUCCGCGCGCCGGGCCGAGGAGGCGGCCGACGGCAGCACAGGUGGGCCCCCGCCCUCGGCCAGGCAAGAUGCCCCUGGGGCUGCGGCGAAAGAAGAAAGCCAAGUCCAAGGAGACCGCCCGGCUGGUGGAGGGCGAGCAGGCGGGCGCGGGCGGCGGCGGCCCCCCGAAGCCCCCGGCUCCCGCGCGCAGGUUGGUUUUCCACACGCAGCUGGCGCACGGCAGCGCCACGGGCCGAGUGGAGGAUUUCUCCAGCAUCCAUGAGCUCUACGCCAAGAUCGCAGGCAUUUUUGAGAUCUCGCCGUCCGAGAUCUUAUAUUGCACUUUAAACACACCUAAAGCUGACAUGGAAAAACUCUUAGGAGGACAACUUGGUCUUGAAGAUUUCAUAUUUGCCCACGUGAAAGGGAUCAAAAAAGAAGUGGAUGUGUAUAAAUCUGAAGAUUCACUUGGUCUCACCAUUACAGAUAAUGGUGCUGGCUACGCUUUUAUAAAGAGAAUUAAACAUGGUAGCCUAAUUGACUCAGUUAAAACAAUCUGUGUGGGCGAUCAUAUUGAAUGCAUAAAUGGAGAAAAUAUCGUUGGGUGCCGUCAUUAUGAUGUUGCUAAGAAGUUAAGAGAAUUAAAAAAAGAGGAACUCUUUACAUUGAAGUUAAUAGAACCUAAGAAGGCAUUUGAAAUAGAGCCAAGGUCAAAAGCUGGCAAGUCAUCAGUAGGAAAAAUUGGUACUGCAAAGGGGACACUUCGCCUGAGAUCAAAAGGUCCUGCCACCGUGGAAGAAGUGCCCUCUGAGACCAAAGCGAAGGCAAUUGAAAAGAUUGAUGAUCUUCUUGACUUAUACAUGGGAAUUCGAGAUACUGAUUUAGCUACCACAAUGUUUGACGCUGGAAAGGACAAAGGCAAUCCAGAUGAAUUUGCUGUGGCUCUUGACGAAGCUCUCGGAGACUUCGCAUUCCCAGAUGAAUUUGUCUUUGAUGUUUGGGGAGCCAUCGGUGAUGCCAAACGAGGAUGAUUGGGAUGUGGAGAUCCAUCUCUGGAGAAAUGAACCAUUGUUCCUUCUUAAAGAUCUGCUUUUAGACACUGUUACGGACUCUGGUUUAUGUGUAUAGAAUACAGUCUUUGAAGUAUAAUUUUGAUUUAUGGGUACUUUUUAAUGCAGCUGCAUAUGUAGUAUACUUAAGAUAAAUUACCUAAAAUAUGAUCAGUUUUAAUAUUCAUUCAAAAGUUUUUAAAAGUAAGUUUUAGGGAGUAUUUCUAGGUAAAUGAUUUUGCUCCCCAUUAACAUCCAUGUUUUGUUUUCCACAUAUAAGUAGUUGAUUGCAAUAGCUUUGUAGUUCUUUUGCAAAGUCUUAAUGCAGUGAAAAUUAGGAUUGGAGUAGGAUUUGCCUCAUAGCAUCUUCAUUUUGUUAUAAUGGCUUGAACAGGAUAUGUUCAGUAAACGAAAUGUGAAUUAUGCUUCCUAUAGGUCUAGAAGUGUUGUUGUUUUUGAUCCACUGAGUAAGGGGAGGAAGAUUCCUAUAGCCUGUUGAUGUCUGUGGCCUAUUUUCUCUCUUUGUAAAACAAGGAUUGAUUGAUUUUUUUUUUUUGCUUCUUCGCAAUUGCUUCCUAAAAUUUGUUGAAAUCUGUGGUGCUGUAUAUGUGUUUGCAUGUGUGGAAUAAGGGUGAAAAAGAGGCAGGUAAAGUAGAAACCAUUCAUAUUUGAUUUUUUUAAAGCAGUUCCUAAAACAUUAUUUCUUUUUCCACCCAUACCUACUUUUCUGUUACUCUUUAUAAGCACCCCAAGGAAGGUUUUUAUAGUCUUUGUAGAACUUUUCUUUUGAAAGAUAUUUACUCAGAAAAUAACUAUGUUUGAGAACUUUUUUUCGGUUAAAGAGCAACGCUUUUAAGCCCCCUAAACUUUAAAGGAGAUACUAUCAGAAAUAGAUUUUCCCCCAGUGGAAAUAAAAGAGGAAGAGAGAAUUGAGAAAAUAUAUUCGCCUAUUAUUUUAGAGUUCUAACAUUCUCUGUCUAAAACCUUACAUUAUUGAGAAAAUUGAGGGUAAAUGGCUGUCUUAUCACUCUUAUUUGACAUUUUACAGAUAUAAGAGAAACGGAAAUGAAUGGUUUCAACAUAGAUCAUUUAAUAAGGCAGAGCAUGGUGUGACCAGGCAUUCUUCUCUGUGCUGUGACCAGGAAAAUGCUGUGUGCUGCCAUGGUAGUCAGAAAUAAUGACCUGUGAGGGCUAUAUUCUAGGAAAUCAGAAAUAGUUCCAUUUUCACUCUGGGUUAAUACCUGGAUGACUGUUGUUUUCUGGUUCGACUUCACUUUUCCUGCCACCCACUCCCCUUUCACCUAAAUUUGAUGUUAUGAAGCUGAUAUUCUUUGUCUCAUUAAUCUGAAACCAGCACAGAAACUGAUUUAGUCAUUAAUGUGUAACAAAAGUAGUUGAUAGAAUGUGGGUUGUUUUAUUGCUCUUGCCCAUUGUUUGAAAGCAGGAUCCAGCUCAGGCUGUAAUUUGUUGCUACUUGUGUAGUGGAUUUCUCUGGGAGGACCCAAAAUACCUGUUAAUUCUUAAUACCACUUCUCUUAGAAGGACACACAAAAACAGAGUUGAUAUUUUUAGUGAUGGGAAAGUUAUUGGAUAACUUAGGAGGCCCAUAGAAACAUUUUAGUUUAAACAAAAA